UUGAUCACAUCAUCAACCUCACCAAUCACAAAAUAGUUCAACGACCAAGACUUUUGAGUUUGAGAUGACACUUCUUUUAAACUCCUUUCUUCACUCUCUUCAACUUUCACAGAAAACCACUUUACUUUUCGCACCAUUCAAACAUGAAUCAGCAGCAUGGACUUCAACAUCUCAUCUUCACUUUCACAAUUUCAAUCUUUUUAGUCGCACUCGCUUCAGCUCGGCUUUUUCCCGACGUCCCUUCCUUAAUACCUCCCGGGAUUACUCCCGCCGGCGCGUGGGAUGUUUUCCGCAACUUCACGGGUUGUCAUCAUGGCGAAAACUACAACGGCCUCUCCAAUUUGAAAAACUAUUUCCAUCGCUUCGGUUAUAUUCCCCACGCGCCGCCGUCAAAUUUCUCCGACGACUUCGACGAUGCUCUCGAAUCUGCUAUUAAAACUUAUCAGAAGAAUUUCAAUCUUAAUAUAACUGGUGAACUCGAUGAGAAGACUCUUCAUCAGAUUGUUUUGCCGCGGUGCGGCGUUGCGGAUAUCAUCAACGGUUCAACCACCAUGAACUCCGGCGGACAGACGGAAACGACAUCCAACAGUGAUAGCAAUAGCAAGCCGCGGUUUCACACUGUGUCGCACUUUACUGUAUUUCCCGGUCAACCGAGGUGGCCGGCGGGAAAGCAGGAGCUAACGUAUUCAUUCUAUCCCGGUAACGAACUUACGAAAACCGUGAAAAGCGUCUUCGCUACGGCGUUUGCGCGGUGGUCGGAGGUUACCACGCUGAAGUUCACCGAAACAGCGUUGUACUCCAGCGCUGAUAUUAAGAUAGGAUUCUUUAGCGGCGACCAUGGAGACGGCGAGCCGUUCGAUGGAAUCUUAGGAACACUUGCGCAUGCUUUCUCUCCAACGAACGGGAGGUUUCACCUUGACGCUGCCGAGGACUGGGUUGUUUCCGGCGAUGUGUCGAAAUCGGCGUUGUCGACGGCUGUUGAUUUGGAAUCGGUGGCGGUACAUGAAAUUGGGCACUUGUUAGGGUUAGGUCACUCUUCGGUGGAGGAGGCGAUUAUGUUUCCGACGAUAUCUUCGCGGUCGAAGAAAGUGGUGUUGACGGAAGAUGAUGUGAAAGGAAUUCAAUACAUCUAUGGUAGGAACCCGAGUUUCAAUGGCUCCACGACCAUGUCUUCGCCGGAGAAGAACUCCGGUAACGGUGGUAGAAGCGUCGCAUCUCUAUGGUCCACGUGGGGACUUUUAAGUUUGUUGACAUUGGCGUUUUCGCAUUUGAUAUUAUAGGAUUUAUUUAUUUUUUAUAUUUUUAUUAUUUAGAAAUCAUACAUAAUAUUUUAAAUGCUAAAACAGUUAAAUACCUCGAUGUAUUUAGAUAUCAUUUUUGUUAUAUAAUUGCUGUUACUAAAAA